CGGUUCAUAGGCUGCCUGGGGGCCUUGGAAUCCACCGCGCGAGACACGAGACGUGCUUCCAAACACACACACACACACACACACACGUGUAUAAGUGCGCGAGCGCGCGCGCACGAGAGCCAACCUGUGCGAGUCCCAUGAGUCGCGUGACGCGUGCAUUGCAUCGACAGUCGGAAUCCGUGAAUCUGUGAAUCUCGUGCAGCCAGCAACCUUCCUCUGGUGACUUAAAGGUGUUUUUUUUUGUUUCUGUUUGCUGUGGUGUUCGUAUCGUUUUGUCGUUACCGAAGCGACCGCGUGAGCAGCAACCGGCGAGGCAUGCGAGGAAAUAACAAGUGAUAACCGAAGGACGCAUUGAAAUACGAAUCCCGUGCAGAGGUGCAGAGUUGAAACACCAAAAAAAAAAAACAAAGGACCCCCUUCGACCUGAAGGGCCUGCACCCGAAAGCGAUAGCCCCCCCCCCCACCUCCCUCUCCUCCCCUCUGAGCAGGUAGUAGCCGUGAAUGCCGUACGGUAAUGUAGAGCAACGGUUGGCGCCGGCUCGCAAGCGGAACGACACGGCGGCGCUACUCAGCAUGGAGCAGCUCGAGCGGGAAAUCCGCAAGGAGAUCGACGAGAUGAACACGAGCGUGUCGCUGGUGGACCGACUGGAGGCGGGCGACACGAUGGACGAGGAGCGACGGGACGAGCUGCUGUCGUCGACCCGGGCCGCCUUCGACAUCAACGUCAACGCGAACAACGUAAAGAACAGUCUCACUGACUCGCAAAUCUCGAUCAUCUCGAAGCACGAUGGCUACCUGGACUCUGGCCACUUCUACAGCACACCCACAGCUGACAAAGAGCCGACCGGAGGUGGUGGUGGUGGUGGUGGUGGUGCGGUAAACCUUACGUUCGAUCCGAGCGGCGAGGAACCACCGCUCCACGGGUCCACCAUCGGACCGGUGGACGCGGCCGGUGCUGGUGGUCUCCGGGGCUCGACCAAGAAGGAGCGGGGAACGGAGGAAUCGAAGCAGUGUGGCGGGAAGGCAGCAGGCAAGCAGCCGGGCGCGAAACAAUCAACGACGAAACAAUCAGCAUCGACGAAGCAGAUGCCGAUGAGCGAUGUGGCUAAGGGUCAGCAACAUCAACCACCCGGUGCCGGUGCCGGUGCCAGUGCCUCGCUGGCAAAUCUACUGUUCGCGAACACCGACGGCGGCGGCGGUGCGGCGACCAAGCGCAGCACCAGCAGCAAACUACCGUCGACGAUCGGACUCGGUUUGGUUCAGCUGGUGUUGAGCGUGAUGCUGGCUGCCCUCGGUGGCCUCGUCAUCGCCCGGAAUGCCUCGCUAGCGAUGGCCGGCACUGGGCUGUGGUGCGGGGCGAUCGCCGGUAUCGCCGGUUCGCUCGGGCUCAUGAACAUCAAGAUGGCGAAGACGGGCUUUCUGGCGGUUAACCUGAUCUGUGUUGCCUCCAGUACGCUCGGGCUUGCCCUCGCCGGUAUCGGAGCGGUCAGGGAUGCUAAUAUGGCUCAGCAGGAUGAGCUAAUUUGGGGUGCGGUCACAGCCGGAACUGGACUGCUGGUGACACUGGCCAUACAUUUCCUCGUGAGCGUAUUCUCCGUCUAUUACUCGGCCCUGAAGCUCUGCUCUAGACCUUCACAGAAACACCAGAUGCUAGAUAACGUCAUGCACAGCAGCUCGCAGGCAUUCAUGACGCAGCAGAAGGUGGAGGACUACAUUAACUCGCUGCGCAUGGAACCGGGCAUUAAGGAUAUGAUGUACCAGACGAUGCUGAAGCGUAGCUGCGGUUCAAUGUACGGUGAAAAGCACCGGCUAGGUGACUCGAGCUAUAGCAACGGUAACUCGCACCGGCUCAUGCUGGUACCCGCCGGCGCUGGCAAUGGGCUGCCGUCGAUGAUUCCCAUGUAUCCGGGCGUACAAUCGGGAUCGCCCAGUAACUCGUCGAUGAUGUAUCCGCCUAAUCUCAUUCCGCACGGGCUGCCGCAAUACCAGCCGUACCCGGAGAGUGCGCUGAUGGAGGCCCAAAUAUCCCGGGCGAACCGGAAGCGCUCAACGAUGCGCAUGAACCACGAACGGAGCAGUGCGGAAGUGGAACGGCCUCGGCGUAAGUCAGACUCGGACCUGGAGAAAACGUUCACGUACACCGGGCUGGAUCGCGACAUUGCCGACAGUUACUUGGCGAAGGAGGAGGAGAAGCUGACCAGCAGCAUCGUCAGCAACAGUGGGCAUCAUCCUUCGCCGCCGCACACCUACCACCACGAUCUGAUGCUGAUCGAUCACCGAACAAACUUCGAGCAAUACAACGGCAUCAACAUGUGAGCAGCGAGUAAUAGCCGUUUAAGGGGAGUGCAGUGCUUACACAUUCAUUGUUACUUUUUAAUAUUAUCUGCUCAACAAACCACGUAGACCAUAGGAUUGUUUCAUAUUGUGAAUGUGUUGAUAUACUUAGUAGGAUCUGUAUAGGCUAGUUGCUGUUGCUAAUAUAUAAAAUGUUGUUUUACGAUAGGGAGCGUGUGCGAAAAGAAUAGAACCGGAACCAUGAGGAACAGUUUGAUGUGCAUU